AAUUGCAGAAGUACAAGUUCCUAAGCUCCUACUACACCGAUCGACCGUCGUCUGCCUCACCGAUUUUUUAUGUGCAGUGCUGAUCACUUGUAUACCGUGGAGUGCGAGAAAUCGAACGUUCUGGAAUAUCAUUGCCAUGUGGCGCCGCUGACUUCUGGGCUUUUGCAGAUCAAGCGCUCUUGAACCCUAACCCUCGUCCUGUUUCCUUCCAAUCUCAGGCCUCUCCAUCAAUGUCUUGGUUAAAAUCAGCUGUCAACAAGGCCGUCGAAGUCAGCGGCAAACACAACCUCACCCGUACUGUCCGCAACUAUGCCGACACCGUCGUCCAUCAAGCCGGUCAGGCCGUAGCCGGUGGUGCUAAAAUUCUUCAGGAUCGUAUGGGUAUUAAAAAUUACAGAGGUUUUAAGCAAACAGUAAGAAGAUUGGAAGAAGCUGCUGUCUCUUGUAGGGGCCAAGAACGAGUUCAGCUGUUGAGAAGGUGGUUGCCUGCUUUGAAAGUGACUGAACAUCUUUCUGGAGGACCAGCAGAUGUAAAGAGUCCAGAAGAGCUCAGACCUUCAGAAGAAACCAAGAAGUUUACAUCAAUGCUAUUUUUUGAUUCUGAUAUGGAAGGCGAGCCAAUGAAAUUUCGGGAUGUAUUUCUUCAUAGCCAAGCAGUAGAAGGCAUUACAUUGUCUAUGAUUCUAGAAGCACCAAAUGAAGAGGAAGUCUCUCUGCUUUUGGAAAUUUUUGGACUCUGUUUUACAGGAGGGAAGGAAGUUCAUAAUGCAAUUAUUAGCAGCAUUCAGGAUUUGGCCAAAGCAUUCUCAUCGUACCAAGAUGAAGUACUGGUAAAGAGGGAGGAACUACUUCAGUUUGCUCAAGGUGCCGUUUCAGGGCUGAAGUUAAAUGCUGAUGUUGCAAGACUAGAUGCUGAAGUAGCUAAACUUAGGCAAAGCAUUGGUGGGAUUAAAUCAUUGCAAAUUUCUUCAAGUGAAAGCCAGGACAAAACAUCAGAGAAAGCAACCCUUCUAACUAUGGAGGCUCUCAAAGAUGCACUUGCAGAAGUUCGUCUAUGUUCAAGAAUUGAAGCCUUACUUCUAAAGAAGAAAAUCAUAAACCCUGGAGAUUCACCUGAGAUCCAUUAUCAAAAGGUCGAUAAGCUCAAAGUUCUGGCUGAAUCCUUGGCCAACUCGUCCUCAAAGGCAGAAAAGCGCAUUUUAGACAACAAGUAUCAGAAGGAAGAGGCGUUGAAUUUCCGUGCAUCUAAAGCUAAUGAAGUUGAUGAAAUUGAAAAGGAAUUGAUUGCCGAGAUUGCCGUAUUGGAAAAGCAAAGGGAUCAACUUGAGGCUGAACUGAAGAAGGUCACUAUUUCUUUAAACGCUGCUUAUUCACGCCUUAACAAAACCAGGGAGGAAAGAGACCAGUUUGAUGAAGCAAGCGAUAAAAUUGUGUUGCACUUGAAAUCAAAGGAAGAUGAACUAUCAAAAUCUAUUGUAUCAUGUAAAGUAGAAGCUGAUAUUGUUCGUACAUGGAUCAAUUUCUUGGAAGAUACUUGGAUUCUUCAGUCAUCAUACACUGAAAUGAAAGAGAAGCAAACCGAUGAUGAGUUGGAGAAGUGGGGCAACUAUUUGUCAACGUUGAUCAAAUUCCGGCUCUCAGCAUUGAAGGAUGAACUUCUGCCUUCUAUAAGUAGGCUGGGGACAUUUAUCGACAACUUGAAGAAAUUCAAUGAAAGGUCAGAUGGUGAUCAUGAUAUUUUAAAAGAAACAAACCCAAAGAAAUUUCUUGAGGAAGAAUAUUUGGAAGCUGAGAGGAAGAUUGUUACUGCCUUCAGUUUGGCCGAUCACAUGAAAGAAAUGUUUUAUGCAGAACCAAGAUACCAAUCCAGGAAAGAUGACCCUGAAAUCAAUGAAUUAUUCAAUGAAAUUGAGAAAAUUAGAGCAGAUUUUAACUCGACUGAGCGGCCAAUACUAGAAAUUGAGGCUCUUGAAGAGAAACAACAUAGGCAUUCUCAUAUUGCAGAGCCAAUUCCUUCACCUAAAUCGGCAAAUGAGUCUCCAAAAUCACCUAAGUUCAUCUCUAACGAGUCUUCCAAAUUAAAAUCUAUAAGUACAGAACAACAACAUGAUCCAGAAUCAGAACUCGCAAAAUUCGAAAAGGAAUUUGGAAACUUUGGAAGUGAUUUCUCUAAUGAAGAGGUUGGGGUUUGGGAAUUUGAUGAACUUGAAGAGGAACUAAGGUCUGAAGCAGAUAAAUAGUUUUGGAAUCAAAGAGAUUGAAAUCUGCGCCAUCUUCAUUCCAUUAUUUUAUGUUCUGUUUACAGUCAUGAUGUAAAAUAUGAUGGGGGCUGUUAAAUAAUAAUAA